AUGUACGCACACCUAAAUAACACUAUCUACGCGCAACUCUUCGACUCCAUAAUCAACAACUACCUAAUCAGCGACUGCGGAAUGGAUCCUUUCUCAUACGGCUCUGAUUCUUCUGCCUCAUCGUCUUCUUCCACAACGACAGGGGACAAACCAAACCCUAACCCCUCCGGCCAAGUCGCCAUCAUGGUGAACUCUUACUGCGACUACUUUGCGUCCGUUUCAUACCCCGAUAUCCUGGACCUCGGACUACGGGUGAACAAGCUGGGGUCGACAAGUGUGACGUAUGAAGUUGGGGUGUUUAAGCAAGGCGAGGACGAUGUGAAGGUUGUUGGUGGGUAUACGCAUGUUUGGUGUGAGAGGGGAGUUAUGAGGCCCGCUAAGGGAGGAAUGGAGAGUGGGAUUAGGGAGGCAUUAGGGAGGUUGAUGUUCAAGGAGGAGAGUAAGAUUUAG